AUGGAGCUUCGCCGUCUCUUCCCCGUCUUGGUCCUGCUCCUCCUCUCCGCGCUUCUUCCGCUCGCUUCCUCCCGAGCAUAUCCGUCGCAGGCAGUCGGCCGCCCGCGACCCCGAGUGUAUCCGCACGCUAGCGAAUUUGACUGCAGCAAGACGUCGUGGCCCGAGGUGGUGGGCAUGACGGGUGAGGCGGCUCGCGAUUUCAUCCAGUCUGCUGUGCCGCAGUGCAACUGGUACAUCCAGAUCGUCCCGUUUGGGAUGAUGGUUACCAUGGAUUAUCGCACCGACCGCAUUCGCAUCUUCGUGAACGCGGACGGAAUUGUGGAGGCAAUUCCUGUCGUCGGGUGA